ACCUCCAGAGUCUCUGAACUUAAGCCCUGUUCCUCCAACUUCUCUUCUCUCAGGAUCAUGAAGGUCUCUGCGGCUGCCCUCUCCAUCCUUAUGGUCAUGGCUUUCAACUCUCUGGUGUCUUCUGCACCAUUGGGCUCUGACUCUCCUAUGUCCUGUUGCUUCUCUUAUGUCAGCAAACAGAUUCCUAGGAAAUUUGUGACAGACUAUUAUGAGACCAGCAUCUUGUGCUCUCAACCAGCUGUGGUUUUCCAGACCAAAAAGGGCCGGCAGGUGUGUGCCAACCCCAGUGAUGACUGGGUUCAAAAAUACAAAGAUGAUCCAGAGCUGAACUGAGGGGCUAAGGAGCCUAUGACCAUGGAUCUUUGAAAGAAUUCUACAGUCAGAAGCAAUCUCCCCAGAUUCUAGCCUUCCUGAGAUCUUCUUAGUGAUAUUUAAUAUAUGUAAAUUAUUUGGUGGCACUUUUGGGUAUUUAUUGGUAGUAUUUAAAUUUUUGAAGGACACUUAUCCCCCAUGGGGACCUCUAUUAGCAGUCAAGUUCUGGUUCCUUGAGUCUUCAGGCCAUCUCUUGGAUACCAUGAACAUCAGAUGUUGGACAAAUACUUCAGAAUAAAACCUUUUCAAGUCAUAAA